CGGUUUGUUGUUUUAGGAAACAAACGUGGGGAAGAUUGACUCAACUCGAUGAUUAUUAUUGGUUGAUAGAUAACUUAAACUAGUACAAGUACGUACAGAUACAACUAAAUUUAUGUUCUUGUAUCUAUAGAUUUCAUGUUUUGUGUGUGUUCUGUCUGAUGAUCAAUCCAACUGCACUCUCUCCAGUUGCAGACAAAGAAAUAUAGUUGUGAUAGAAGCCUGAUGCCCUGAUCGUUUAGAAAGCUUAUCAAUCAUGAGUUCCACCAGAAGUUGGUUUCAGAAGUUUCAGCAUAGAGAGAAGAACAAGGAUAAAUCCGGGACUCCUACGAAGAGAGAAAUCGAGGAGACGACAAAUUCUCCUAUGGAGGAUGAGCCACCAUCCAGUGCUACACAACAGAAGGUAGCUGCUGCAAAGGAGUACAUAGAGAACCAUUACAAAGCUCAAAUGCAGUGUUUGCAAGAUAGAAAAGAGAGGCGCUGGGUCUUGGAGAGGAAACUGGCAGAUGGCGAUGUUCCUGCGGAAGAGCAAAUGAAUCUUUUGAAUUUCUUAGAAAAAAAGGAGACAGAAUAUAUGCGUAUUCAAAGACAUAAGAUGGGUGUUGAUGACUUUGAUCUUUUAACAAUAAUAGGAAGUGGUGCAUUCGGGGAGGUUAGAAUAUGUAGAGAAAAAAGUACAGGGCAUGUAUAUGCCAUGAAGAAGCUCAAGAAAUCUGAAAUGCUACGUAGAGGACAGGUGGAACAUGUGAAAGCGGAAAGAAAUCUCUUGGCUGAGGUUGAUAGUGGCUGCAUAGUUAAGUUAUACUGUUCUUUUCAGGAUCAAGAGUUUUUGUAUCUUAUAAUGGAGUAUCUUCCCGGGGGUGACAUGAUGACAUUACUGAUGCGAAAGGAUACUUUGACAGAGGACGAAGCUAGGUUUUAUGUUGGGCAAACUGUCCUAGCCAUUGAAUCAAUUCACAAGCAUAAUUAUAUUCACAGGGAUAUUAAGCCUGACAACUUGCUUCUUGAUCGAAAUGGUCAUAUGAAGCUUUCAGACUUUGGGUUGUGUAAACCUCUGGACCGUAGUAACUUUCCAGAUCUCAGUGAGAAUGAAAAUGGAGAUGGAAAAAAUUCAAGAACUUUGGCGGGAGGUGUUCAGUAUAAUAACAAAACUAGUGCCCCAAUGAGGUCACAGCAGGAACAAUUGCUACACUGGAAAAAUAACAGAAGAAUGUUGGAAAAAAACAGUGAAAUUCUCAUUCUCCACAAAAUCAAGAUUAUUCACUUUGCCUGCUAGGCAGGAGGAUACCAAGUUACAAAUUCUGUCUCGAUUAUUUAAAGUAUGGCUUUCGAAGCUGGCAGUUCGAACUCGCAGGGGCUUGUUACCGGAAAAAUGGCUGUUAGACAGGGAGAAACUGCUCUUAUUGUCGAUGACUGUAAUGUAGCUAAAAUAAUAUCCACAGCUGUUCUGAGUCAUUUUGGGUAUCAAGUUUCUGCAGUUACAGAUGGAGAACAAGCGGUUAACAUGUACAAAGCUGGAGAAGGGCAUUUCAAUCUCAUAAUUAUGGAUUUGGAGAUGCCGGUAAAGAAUGGCAUCGAGGCUACCAAGGAGUUACGGGCCAUGGGAGUGGAUUGCAUGAUAGUUGGAGUGACGGCUAGUAAUAAUCAAUCCGAAAUGCAGAGUUUCAGGGAGGCUGGCUUGGAUCACCUCUUUAAUAAGCCUCUGAGCAUUUCUAAACUCCAGAGCUGUUUCGGGAACAGGGCUGCAUAAAUCAACAAACCAGAAACUAAUUAAUAGUUUUUUAUAUAUAUUAUAAUAAAUAAACAAAUGUGUUGUGCAUGUGUGAGCACAAGUUAUGUUAUUGAAUGUUAUGUAUGUUACUGAGUGGGAUCUCAGUAAUAACAAACUGCCGUAAUACCUCUCAUAAGUUUUGAGCGCCGUUGGAUAGCUUAGGUGGUUAAGAGCUUAUCCGCUGUCGUCCUAAGUACUGGGUUCGACCAUGACUCAUCCGAGAAUUUAUUAGAACUAUAAGUUUUCAUUAAUGC